AUGCCACGGCGGAAUACUAGUAAUUCUUUUCUCCCCGAGAGGAAAUAUUCUUCAUUUAUUUCUUUUCAUUUCUUCUGUUCUCUUUCAUUAUUUGUAUUCCUUCAUAUUUUUCUAUUUUCUUUUCUCUUUCCAUCUUCCUUUCCUCAUUUCAUUUAUAUCUUUUUCUUUAUUCUUUGUGUUUCUUUCUUUUCCCGAUUUUUCUCUCUCCAGUAUAUGUUAUCUAUCUAUCUAUCUAUCUAUCUAUCUAUCUAUCUAUCUAUCUAUCUAAGUCUUGUUUUUAUCUAUCUAUCUAUCUAUCUAUCUAUCUAUCUAUCUAUCUAUCCUUUUUUCCAUUUACGUUCUUCUGUCUCUUUCUUCUCCGGAUCCUUCCUGUUUCAAUGUCCGUUGCCUCUUCCUCAUUCUUUCUGUCUUUUUAUUUAUUUUCUCUAUUGUCUUUCUUUUAUUGUUUUUAUUUUCUUUAUUGUUUCUUUCUUUCUUUCUUUCUCGUCGGCUUUCCUUUUUGUUUUUUCUUUACUUUCUCGUCUUCUUGCUUUCUUUUCUUCAUUACCUCCUAAUCGUUUUUCUUUCUUUCUUUCACGUUCUCUUUCCUUGCCUAUUUUUAUCAUUUCCUUUUCGCUUCUUUCUUUCUUUCUUUCUUUCUUUCUUUCUUUCUUUCUUUCUUUUUCUUUCUUUUCUUUCUCCUUCUUUCUUUCUUUCUUUCUUUCUUUCUUUCUUUCUUUCUUUCUUUCUUCUUAUACUUCUCAUCAAUUUUUAUACUUGUCUUCGUUUCUUCUCUUUUCCUAUUUUCUUUCUUUUAACUUUUCAUCCUUUUCUUCAAUUUUCAUUUUUUUCUUCUUUUUGCUUUUUUUUCCGUUCUUUCAUUCUUUCUUUCUUUCUUUCUUUCUUUCUUUCUUUCUUUCUUUCUUUCUUUCUUUCUUAAAUACUUAA